AUGGUGGCAAGGAGCCCAGGCGAGCAAGUGGGAAAGGUGUGUACUCUGACGCUGGCGGUCCAAGAUGAAAAGGGGGACAUGAACAUAUGGAAGGUGGAGAAGGCCGAAGAGAAAGCAGUUUUGGAUGCGCUCGGUACAAUCCAAAGGAUGAUGGUCACUGACCAUUGGUCGGAUCUCGACCAUCAUCCUUCGAAGAUCGAAGAUAUGAUGAUUAUAUAA